UAAAUUGAACAAAAAAGUCAUGCAUUCACUACCAAUACUCUUUUCUGCAUUCACAUGAUGAGUUUUUAUAGUUCUAAAAUAACGAUUAUUGCAAAAGUGUAUAUGCAUUUAGACUUCAAUUAUUGUGUUUAAACUGUAUAAAAUCCAAUAUUCUUUGUAGCUGAUUGUUAUUAACAAACGCAGUCUCCGCAGUUCAUUUGUAUCUCCCAGCUCAGUCAUCAACUAAUGCGAACACGAUUCGACAAGAUCGCUAACAAAACCUUGAGUAGUUAUUACUAAUGAAGAAACACAGUUAGAUCAACGAAAUAUACCUACUCAAAGGACACAUUCUUCUCAAUGUGUAUUGCAGGACUGUAGGAAUCCACAUCCAAGUGUUGAUCGUCUACUCGAAAUUACUAAUUGUCUGCUACUUUCCCACCAACUAUCACCACAACACAUACGCGUUUUUUGUGUUGGACGUUUCAAUCAAUGAUUUUUAUUGGAGGACUAAGCGGAUUCGUUUAUUAAGUAAAAUUGAUUGUGUAAAAACUCUUAGAAUCUGAUCGACUGCAAUUGAGAGAUUUACCAAAAUGACGAAGGUGGUGGAUCAAUGCCGGUUGUUGGUAAUAAUAAGCCUACUUCUAACAUCUAUAAGGGGAGCAGUAGCGUUGACAGAGCUGACCGAGGGUUCAAGUUCUUACACGGUUAGUGAUAAAUGUACUAAAGCAGCAGGCACUAGUGAAGAUGCCAAGUCUGUUAAAACUCGGUGUGUUGAAUUGACGGAGCAAUUACAGGUUUACAAACAAGAGAAAAUCAACUCGAACUUAGAGCUAGACUAUGAACCCACAGUUAGAACGUCAACUGAAACUUCAAACAACAGUGCAAUCACACCUUUUGUAACAACCAUAAACGUAUUUUCUAAGGGUUGCCGUGAAUCACCAUGUCCUCCUAUGGAAAUCACAGUAGCAACCGGUGAAAGCGCUAUGUUAUACUGCACAAUGCCAACUAGAAACUCUGUGGCAGCUUGGAUACAUCAAACAACUACAGACAACGUUGAACUGCUAACAUCUGACAACCAGCUUAUAUCAACACGACGUGAUAUACAGCUAGAUUAUGACGCUACAAAUGGCUUAUAUAACCUGAUUUUACGAUCUAUAUCUGCGUAUGAUGCCGGAAACUAUUCCUGCCAAAUCGACAAUCGUCACACAAGCAAAAUAUCCGUAGAUGUUUUAGUUCCCGGGAAGAUUAUUCAAAUUGAGCCUCUCAGUCCACGAGUUCUUGGUUCAAAAGACCCAAACGAAAGAUACUUCAAAGAGUUACAAGACGUCGUUUUAUUCUGCAUAGCAGACGGUAAACCAUCACCUACAGUCACAUGGUAUAGGACAAAUUUGCUACAAGAUCUUAACGAUACACGAUUCAAAGAUUGUGGACAGGGAGUGGCGCGAAUUUGGAACGUGAAAGUAGAGGAUACAGGUGACUACGUAUGUACAGCAACAAAUCACCUGAACGAGGCUGAUGGCGAUAAACAGAUUAUCAAACUCAUUGUCAAAUAUAAGCCACGACUGAAGACGAGUCGGAAGCAUAUCCGCAGUGCUGUUGGCAACCAUGUUUGUAUGGCUUGUUACAUCGAUGCACUACCCGUAGCUGACACUGUGACGUGGCUUCAGAACGCGACUGUGUUAUCAAACGAUCGGGGAAUUUUGAUAAAUGUUGACGAACGAAGAACAAGGUUUUGUAUACUACAAAUAACAUCAAGUCAUUAUGGUAACUAUACAUGCCGGGCAACUAAUGAAGUUGGUACAACAGAUGCACAAGUUGUGCUAAGUGGGACUCCAAUAAUGCCUACCAUAGUUGGGUCAUCAGUUGGCGAAUGGCCGAAUCGUUACUUAUUGCGAUGGAGGGCAUCGCGUAAAGGAGAAGAAAGUAAUGGAAACACAAUUCCAAUAAAUGGAUUCAUUAUCAAGUAUCAAUACAUUUGGGACACAGGGGAAGGCCAGCAGGUAGUGAAGCGUAUAAGUAAAGACAUUGUUACAUUUAAAUCUUUCGUUUAUGGAUAUUACAUUGAAAAUCUUCACCCUGACUGGAGUUAUAAAAUUACUGUUACAACUUUCAACGAUUUCGGAGAAAGCGAUGAGUCCAUCCCCAUGUACUUUAUCACUGCAGUAGAUUCAACAAACACAAGAACAUCGUCGAAAGAGGACACGGCCACUAACCAACCAGGACGAGGAAUUUGCCCUCAAGUUGGAGAUACAGCCUCUCUGCCAUCAUCGCGUGCUGACAUGCGUCCGAUUACAAACCUCCUCGUCUUUACUUUAUGUCUAAUUUGCAGCUGUCAAUACAUUCAUAUUUAACACGUAGACACGUUAUCAUUAUCAUUAUCCAUUAUCCAUCCGUCAAUAAAUCGAUCAAUAAAUCAAUUAAUCAAUAUUGUUCAGUCAAUCAACCAACCAACCAAACAAACAACCAAUCAUUUAAUCAUCUUUUCAACCAGUAUAUUACUCUUCUUUAGUAUUUGUCAAAUUGAUCAACAACCAACCAAUCAAAUAGUCAAUUAUACUCAAUCAAGCAACAGACACGGUUGGGUUGGUGCAUUGAUAUUUUAAGUAAAGCAUUAUUGAGAUAAUAAAAACAAUAUCUACUAACUAUUUAAUUUAAAAAAAUGAAAAAAAAAAUCUUUUUUUUUCAAAACAAUUUUUUUUUUCAGAAAUAUUUUUUUAUUGUGCCUAAGGCUGGUAGACAGCAGAAGGUAGUGGGCUCGAAAUUUAAAAAAAAUUAAUUUACACACACAAAUUUUUUCUUUGAAAAUAUCAAAAAUGUAUGUUAUUAUAGCAUUCUUCAGGAUGGUUUAGAGUUUAUCACCUUUAUGUAAUUUUAGUGUUCACAGAAUAAACAAUAAAACCUAUAAUUUUUAUUUUAACGAAUUAUGUUUGUCAAAUACGUCAACCAUGUCUGUGUUUGUUUCCGAUGCACAUUAUAUUUUAUGAUAUGAUUGUGCAAAUAUAUUAAUGUUGAUCUGUACGUUCGACAAUCUCCUUCCACCACACACUAUUCGAGUUAUAAUUUAAACUCCAUGCUAGUUCUUAUUUAUUUCAUCAUCUUUAUUCUUGUAUUUUUUCAUACACUUCACAAAUAUCUUAUCUUAUCUUCUUACCUACCUUAUUUUCUUACCCCAGACGCCUUAACCACAUAGGCCAUUGACGCUUUGUUGGGAAUUCGAAUCCGAUUAAAGCAUAUAAUUACACUCAUGUACAUGCGUAGUUAGACAACACUAUUCAUUGAUCAUUGGCAAAUGACAGAGAUCAAUAUGAUACGCAUGAGCAUGAUGACAAGACGAGAUCUCCAAAGAGAGACUUUUUUUUUUUUAUAAAUAAACCAAGACGUAAUAGAGAUAAACUCUAAAUCGUCUUGCGGUAAUGUA